GUCCUUCUAGGGCGCCUGUAUUUGACGUACGAAAACAAUUUUGGGUUUUUAAAAACUGGGCGCGUUUUCUACUGCAUACAAGACAGAACUAUUGAUCGAGGAAAGAAUGGACUCUUCUUUUGCCAGUGAUGUGAAUGCAUUUAAGACGCCCUGCAAACCAGACAAGAUGAAAAGCCUUCUCUCUGAUGGCGCACCCAGUCCUAGAACCCCCAUAACCAUCCCUGCCUCCCCUUUCAUGAAGAAACUGGGAUGUGGAACUGGGGUGAAUGUUUAUCUCAUGAACAGAGUUGGUAAAUUGAACCAGUCUCCUUGGGCUGUUAAAAAGAUCAACAGCAAAUGUGCCUCAAAGCAAGUGGGUGUAUACCAGAGACGACUCUGUGACGAGGCAAAGAUCCUGAAAGGCCUGGACCACCCAAACGUUGUUGGAUUCCGUGCCUUCACCACUGCCAAGGAUGGCUCCAAGUGCCUGGCCAUGGAGUAUGGUGGGGAGCAGUCCCUGAACGAUCUGAUAGAGAGGAGGAGAGAGGAGGGCCUGAAGGCUUUUCCAGCCACCACCAUUAACAAAGUGGCCUUACAUGUGGCGCGUGGCCUACAGUACCUUCACAACGAGAAGAAGCUACUACAUGGCGACAUGAAGUCUUGCAAUGUUGUCAUCAAGGGCAACUUUGAGACUGUCAAAAUCUGUGAUGUGGGAGUCUCCUUGCAGUUGGAUGAGAAUAUGAAAGCGAGUAACCCCAAAGCAGAGUAUGUUGGCACUGAGCCGUGGAAGCCCAAGGAGGCUCUGGAGGAGGGAGGAGUGAUCACAGACAAGGCAGAUAUAUUUGCCUACGGACUGACCCUGUGGGAGAUGAUGACUCUGGCCAUGCCUCACCUGGAGAUGCUGGACAGCGAGGAGGAGGAUGAUUCAAUGGAUGAGGACGACUUUGAUGAGGAUGCCUACUAUGAGAAGUUGGGCACCCGACCGGCGCUGGACUCUGACAGUCUUGGGGAAGCCUACCAGAGAAUGGUGGAGCUCUUCUGGCUCUGCACGGAGGAGAACCCACAGAAACGCCCCUCUGCUGCCCAAAUAGUUCAGGUUCUGGAGUCCAACAUGCAGGCGGACAAAAAUAGUGAGGUCAUUGUCAUAGACUGACCAGUUUCAUCUCAAGCCAUACUGUAAUGUUGACUGGACCUGUGUCCAGAAACCUUUCCUUUCCUUUCUGUCUUGACUUAUGUAAUAUCCUUGUAUUAUUCUGUCCUGUACUCUUCUCUAGGCCUGUACCCCUUUGUCAGGUGAAAUGUUGUAAUUAAAAUGAUGUGUAUUUCAGUAUACUGCUAUGAAACAAAUAAUUCAAAGGAGCAGCUUUUUCCUCCGGUUGUUUAAACUAGAAUUGAUUAAUACUUGAGCAUUUUAGUCAUGUCCUGUGUAUUGAUGUGGGUAUACAUUGUUUAUACUGCACAAUCUGAAACGGAAUGUGUGAUGUCAAAAUAGAUUAAUUCUAUGCUGGACAAUUCAGGCUGUAAUUUUGGGAUAUUUCCCAAUGCAUCAUGAAUGUAGAUCAUGCUAUUAAACAGUGGCACACAUCUAA